AUGUCAUUAACUGCAUUGGAACCAUCGAAAUCACGAACUACUUUAGAAAUGGUUCGAGAUGGUCCUGAUGGAAAGAUUAUUGGAUAUAAAGAAAUCGUAGUUGGUGAAUCGAAUUUGACUGCAAAAAAUUCAACAUCAUUACUACGUGAACCAGGGGCUAUAAAUCAUUUUGUCAAGGGAGCUUCUAGUCAAUUUCCAUUUGCUCCUGGUGGAUUGGAAUCUGAAGUAAUGGUUGAUACAGGAACAGUGAUUAAUAUUAAUGAUAAAGAAAUUGUAAAUCUUUCAUUGAAUUUUGAAGACGACGAAAUACUAUCAAUACCUCCGGGCUUUGAUCGUGGUUUGAUAUUUGAAGACGGACAGAAUCGUCAAAUUCGAGUCCCAACAAAUAAAUUGACAAGUUUAAAUAUUACUGAUAUGAUAUCUCAUGAUGAAAAUGAAUUGGCUGAAUUCCUUGAACCGUUGAACGAAACGGAAUAUAUUCGAGAGGUUUUAAAUAAAGAAUUACAAGAGAAUAUUGAAGUUGUAGAAAUGAUGAAAGACGAAGAAACGAAUAAAGAUAUAACAGAUCUAGAAGAUUCUGUUGAUAAUCUCCUACCAACUCGGGCACCUCCACUUAAAGGCUUAGGCACAGCAAGUAAAGCAAGUACCUCUGCAGCUCGAAAACGUAAUUGGGCUCAUGACAUUGAUGUUAAUAUUGAAUUAUCGAACUUUGAAGAGCUGGUCCCAGAAAUGGCUUUUGACUAUCCGUUUGAAUUGGAUACAUUUCAAAAACAAGCAAUUUAUCAUUUGGAAAGUGGUUGUUCGAUCUUUGUAGCUGCCCAUACUUCAGCCGGUAAAACUGCGAUUGCUGAAUAUGCUAUAGCUUUAUCUGCUAAACAUAUGACGCGAGCUAUAUAUACAUCUCCGAUUAAAGCUCUUUCUAAUCAAAAAUAUGGAGAAUUUAAGAAAAAUUUUGAAGUUGGUAUAUUGACAGGAGAUGUUCAAAUCCAUCCUGAAUCUUCCUGUUUAAUUAUGACAACAGAGAUUUUAAGAUCAAUGUUAUAUAAGGGAGCUGAUUUAAUUAGAGAUGUCGAAUUUGUUAUAUUUGAUGAACGCGGUGUAGUUUGGGAGGAAGUUAUUAUUAUGUUACCUGCUCAUGUAACUCUUAUUCUUUUAUCGGCUACUGUACCGAAUACCAAAGAAUUUGCUGAUUGGGUUGGGUAUGAAAUGUCCUUUUCUUUGAAAGAAAUUAUCACACCGAAACGUCCCGUGCCACUUGAGCAUUACAUAUAUGCUAAUAAAGAAAUUUAUAAAAUUGUCGAUGAAAAUGGCAAAUUCCUAGAACAAGGGUAUCAAGAAGGCGGUGGAGGUGGAGGUGGAGGUGCUAGAACGAAUUUUCAAGAUAAACCUUUAUGGAUAGAUCUUGUUAGAUUAUUGAAAAAAAAAGAUUAUUUACCAGUAAUAAAUUUUGUUUUUUCAAAAAAGAGAUGUAAUAUUUUAGCAGAAUCCCUUAGUAGUUUGGAUCUUUGUAAUGCUGCUGAGCAAAGUAAAAUUUGUAUUACUAUCGAGAAUAGUUUGAAGCGACUAAAAGGAACUAAUAAGGAUUUGCUUCAAGUGUUGAAAAUGAAAAGUUGGUUGAAACGAGGAAUUGCUGUGCAUCAUAGUGGAUUACUUCCAAUAAUUAAAGAGAUGGUAGAAAAAUUAUUUAAAGAUGGACUUGUCAAAGUACUGUUUGCCACAGAAACUUUUGCUAUGGGUGUAAAUAUGCCAGCACGUACAGUUGUCUACUCUGGUAUAAAAAAACAUGAUGGAAUGGGCCUUCGUGAAUUAAAUCCAGGAGAAUAUACGCAAAUGUCUGGACGUGCGGGAAGACGUAAUAAAGAUCAUACUGGUAUUGUGAUUAUUCUUCCUGACCGUCGCGAUAAAAUUCCCGAAGUAUCAUCGCUUAAAAAUAUGAUAUUGGGAAAACCUACGAAAUUGGAAUCACAAUUUCGCCUUACUUAUAAUAUGAUACUUAAUUUAUUGCGUGUUAAAGCUUUACGUGUUGAAGAGAUGAUCAAGCGAAGUUUUUCCGAGAAUGCAAGUCAGAAAAUGUUGCCAGACCAACAGGAAGAAUUCAUGAAGAACGAAAAAUCUUUUAGUGAAUUAAAAAAACUUGAUUGUACUAUAUGUAAUCGUGAUAUCAAUGAAUAUUAUGAUGCCUCGACAACGAUUGUAAAAAUUAAUCAUCAUCUUUUAGAAAAAAUUAUUAUUAAUCCUUUAGGACUUAAAGUACUAAGUCCUGGAAGAGUGAUUGUUAUUAAUAGCGGUUCUUAUAGGAAUGUAGCAGCUGUUAUAUUGAAAUCCGCACCAGCAGGUCCUAAAAUUGACAAAUCAUUUUGGGUCUUUAUGCUUUUAGAUGAAGAUACAAUUCAAUCUGAACGAGAAGGUUUAGCGCCACUUCCCGUCACAAGACUAUCUAUUCCUAAUCCAAGUUCUUGUACAUACAAGAUUGAAUAUCUUACUUAUAGAGAUAUUGGUUUUAUAACAAAUCAUCUAAUUAAUCUUGAUAUAUACGCUAUAAUGGAAAAGAAUGAUCAACAUGAAAUUUCUAAAUUGAUGCAAGAAUUGCUGCGAUGUGCAACACAAAAUAGAAUUAAUGAAUAUGACUGGUCAAAGAUAAAAGAGUACAAUUUUCAACUUGAGUUGAUAGAAAAAAACAAAUUAAUGAAUGAAUUGAAUUCAUUUCACUGUGUGAUAUGUCCAGAUUUAAUCGAACAUUAUGGACAUAUACAUGGAGAGCGUGAGCUUAAAGCAAGAAUUGACGAUCUAAAACAUACAAUAUCGGAUCAAAAUCUUGAAUUAUUACCAGUUUAUGAACAAAAGAUUGAAGUAUUAAAGAGGUUAAAGUAUAUUGAUCCGAAUGGUACAUUACAAUUGAAAGGUCAUGUUGCAUGUGAAAUCAAUUCAGCAGAUGAAUUGGUACUUACCGAAUUAAUUCUUGAAAAUGAAUUUAAAGAAUAUGAACCAGAAGAAAUUGUUGCUAUGUUGUCAUGCUUCGUAUUUCAAGAAAAACGUGCUAAUAAACCAAAUCUUACGCCAAAAUUAGAGGAAGGAGUAGAAACUAUAAAGAAAUUUGGAAAAAACAUUGCUAAAGAAUGUGAUCUUAAUGAUGAUGAUAUAAAAAUAAACAUUGGAUUAGUUGAAGUAGUUUAUGAAUGGGCUAAAAAAGAAAUGGAUUUUAAAGAAAUUACAGAAUUAACUGAAGUAUUAGAAGGGUCAAUUGUGAGAUGUAUUACAAGAUUGGAUGAAACUUGUAGAGAAGUAAUAAAUGCAGCUAGAAUGAUUGGUGAUUCUUCUUUAUCUAAAAAAAUGAAAGAAGCUCAAUCAUCUAUUAAACGUGAUAUAAUAACUACUAAAAGUUUG